UGCAGAGCCUGGAAUAUGGUCGGGGAAAUGGAAAAGAAGGAUCCGAAGCCCACCCCAGAUUACUUGAUGCAGCUGAUGAACGACAAGAAGCUCAUUUGCAGCCUGCCCAUCUUCUGCAGGAUCUUCAACCACCUCGAGCGGCUGCUGGACGAAGAAAUUAGCAGAGUGCGGAAAGACAUGUACAACGACACAUUAAAUGGCAGUACAGAGAAAAGGAGUGCAGAAUUGCCGGACGCUGUGGGACCUGUUGUGCAGUUGCAAGAGAAACUCUAUGUGCCUGUAAAAGAAUACCCGGAUUUUAAUUUUGUUGGGAGAAUCCUUGGACCUAGAGGACUUACAGCUAAACAACUUGAAGCAGAAACAGGAUGUAAAAUAAUGGUCCGAGGCAAAGGCUCGAUGAGAGAUAAAAAGAAGGAGGAGCAAAACAGAGGCAAGCCCAAUUGGGAGCAUCUAAAUGAAGAUUUACAUGUACUGAUCACUGUGGAAGAUGCUCAGAACAGAGCAGAGAUCAAGCUGAGAAGAGCAGCUGAAGAAGUGAAGAAGUUGCUGGUACCUGCAGCUGAAGGAGAAGACAGCCUGAAGAAGAUGCAACUGAUGGAGCUUGCAAUUCUGAAUGGCACCUACAGAGAUGCCAACAUUAAAUCACCAACUGCCCAGGCUGCUCCGAGGAUCAUCACUGGGCCUGCGCCUGUCCUCCCACCAGCUGCUCUGCGCACACCGACGCCAGCUGGCCCUACCAUAAUGCCUUUGAUCAGACAAAUACAGACCGCUGUCAUGCCAAACGGAACUCCUCACCCAACUGCUGCAAUAGUCCCUCCGGGACCUGAAGCUGGGUUAAUCUACACCCCCUAUGAAUACCCCUACACGUUGGCACCAGCUACAUCAAUCCUUGAGUACCCUAUUGAACCCAGUGGUGUGUUAGGUGCGGUGGCUACUAAAGUUCGAAGGCACGAUAUGCGUGUCCAUCCUUACCAAAGGAUUGUGACCGCAGACCGAGCCGCCACCGGCAACUAACCUAUGACCUUCUGACCUCUGAACUCUUCACCCAAUGAUGACCUGACCAUGCCUGCCUGCUGAUCAGUUAACUGGUAAUCGCCUUUGCUUGCCUGUCGUCAGUGCAGCGAGCUGAGGCACUUGUCCGUUCGUCUUACCAUCUAACCAAACAAAAGACAAAGAAAUUGUCCUCCAACUCAGCUUUUCCCCCCGUUUGGGUGAAAGUGGUUCUAGAACCUGCACUGAAUAGUAGUAAAGCAAUAAGGCCCGAUUCAUCCCACAGCACUGACCAUCAUUCAAUGCCCCACCCCAAGCGAACGGUAAGAAGGCCUCUCGAGAAGGGGAGACAGAUGGCCCUAACUACUCAAUGACAGAGGCAGUUACUGUGAGAGACUUGUAGGAAUCUUUUUCUUCUCAUAGCGACGUCAAAGCUCUCUCUGAAUGUACUGUGUGACAAUGCAUCAUGCAUGAACCUUCGGUCAGGGAUGUCAUUGGUGAAGUGACUUCAAAAGUAUUCAAAAUUUGACAUGC